AUGAUUUGGAUUCUGACGGCAGUUCUCGUCUACUUAGCCGUCGAACGCAUUCGAGACGCCGACUAUGAGAUCGACUCCAACGCUAUGCUUAUAGUGUCGGGCGUUGGGGUCGUCAUGAAUGUGGUGAUGGGUCUGACCCUAUCGGACACCCUGUGCUGCAAAAGGGUUACCGAUGACAGCCACGGGUCGGAAGAUCACCCGCACAGUCAUAAUAGUCACAGUCAUUCCCACGCAAGUCAUGGCCACUCACACACUAAUAUGAAUGUCAGAGCGGCUCUAAUCCAUGUGAUCGGAGAUCUGAUCCAAAGUAUUGGUGUAUUAAUAGCGGCGCUAAUCAUCCACUUUAAACCCGAUUACAAGAUAUCUGAUCCCAUUUGUACAUUCAUUUUCAGCGCAUUAGUAAUGUUUACCACAUAUGGUAUUAUGAAGGAAGCCGUGUAUGUACUGAUGGAAGGCUUUCCCACUUAUCUGGACUACUCGACCGUCAAGAAGGACUUGAUGGACAUCGAAGGCGUACAGACUGUCCACAGCCUUCACAUCUGGUCGUUGACUCUGAACCGAAACGCACUGUCCGUUCAUUUGGCCACAAAUGGCACAUCAGAUGCCGAGCGCGUGCUUAAGGCGGCGGAGGCUCUGAUCCGCAAGAAGUAUGACAUCCAGGAGACCACUAUUCAGGUCGAGAGAUACGACGCCCGGGCUAUGGAUGAGUGUCUCGUAUGUGUCGGUCCUUAACAUGCGUUUCAAUAGUCGGCUGUCUUUUAAUUUAAUAAAAGUUUUAAUUUGUGAUUAAUUUUCCAAAGUUAUGAUAAUUUUAUAGUGAAAUUCAUUCUCAUUGUUGUAAUAGUGAACUGAAUUUUAUAUGUUGUAUAAAUACAUG